UCACACUACCGCGCCUUGUAGCGUUUGUUCAUUCGGCCGCGAUGGUCUGAGGUGUAAUGUGUGGUUCACGCAGUUCUACGCAGAUGCAGAAAGAUUAUCUCUUUCAUCAAACAAGCAAAACAGGGUUUUCGAAAUUUCAAACACCUAUCUGAAGAUAUGGAGUCUUGUGUGUGUCUUCAGCUCCAAAGCGCGCCCUGUCUAAAAAGCAUCACUCUUUGCUUCACUAUGCCCCCCGUGCGCUAACGGACACAGAACUCUCUUUUAUUUUAGUUUCUGUUGUUAUUUACCCAAAGAAAGUUGGAACUUAGAAGUGCAUAUAUUUGAUUUGCAUGAGAGAGAGAGAGAGAGAGAGAGAGAGAGAGAGAAGAGAAGCAUUUUCAAGAAGCUGGGAGCUUCUUGUCAAGUUGUUUUCGUACGGAGAAUAUUUCAGCGCUUGAUGUUCUUUGAUCAUCUAAGGGUUUAUGAUGCUUGUUUGCACUUGGAUAUUAUAGUUUCUGGUACCAAAAGCCACGGUUGCUCGGGGAUUUCAGUUUGUGCUUUAUGACAGAGAUGCCAAACCCACUAAUCACAUGAUGCCUACCUCGCCAAUUGUGGAAUCUGCCUUGACCCAGAGCGAUUAUCUCUCGAAACCAUCACAUUCUGCCGAGAGUUGUUCUGAUACAGAAAUACAUCUCGAUAAUGUGGAUGAAAUUCGUAGCCAUAACUCGUCCUUAGAGGAGAGCAAUCUUGGAGAUGAGGCUGGAAGUUUUGGAUCCUGCACUACAAGCAACAAUGAUUAUGCUUCCAGGUUCCAGCUUGAACAGGAUGUACAAAGAUUACAACAGCAGUUGCAAGAAGAGAUGGAACUGCAUGCUAUCCUGGAAAAGGCUAUUCAGAAGAAUGCUUCGAAAUUCUCAAGUCCAUCACAUCUCCCUCACCAGGCUCAAGAGCUCCUAUCCAAUAUUUCAUUGUUGGAGAUCACGGUUUCAAAACUUGAACAAGAGAUGGUCUCUUUGCAUUUUCAACUUAGCCAAGAGAGAAAUGAACGGAGGCUUGCAGAAUAUCGUAUGAGGCAUUCAACAUCUCAGUCAAUAUCUCUUCACUCCUCUGACAUUAUGGAUACUUCGAGUUCACCUUCUUUGAAAAAGGUUUCCGUUUCUGAAGUUGGUGAUUCCUCCGAAGACAACUGCCAGGAGAUGAGAGACCAAUCAUUAGAAUCUACCGAUAAAUGUACAGAGUUGGUAAUAGAGAAUGCAGUGGACUCAAUUCCACUCGGCCAUGACAAGAAAAUGUCUAUGAAAAUGGAUUCCUACUCUUGUCAACCUCUAGAGUUCAGCAAGCUCCCUAGAGGGAUGCCAUCAAACGGCCUUUGGAACUACCCUAAUCAAUUAUCUGAAGAGAUGGUGAGAUGUAUGAAAAAUAUAUUCAUGUCUCUGGCAGAUUCUACCAUACCAUCCAAAACAUCUACAUCAGAAAGCCACUGCUCACCUCUCUCACCACAUGGAACAUCUCCAAGCGGUCAUCUUUCCAGUUCAUCUUGGUGGUCAUCGUCUGAAAGGUCAAUGAUUUCAUCAUGGUUGCAGAGCCCACAAAUUGAUAUACAGAGUAACUCUGAGGUGGUGGCUUCAGACAAUGCAUGUGAUCCCUACAGGGUGCGGAGAAAAUUAAGUUGGGCUAAUAUUGGAAACUAUGGACUAGCAACUGAAGUUUCUUGGAUGUCAGUUGGGAAGAAGCAAUUAGAAUAUGCCUCGGGGGCGCUGAGAAGGUUCAGAACACUUGUUGAGCAACUGGCGAAAGUGAAUCCUAUACGUUUGAGCUGUGAUGAGAAGCUUGCUUUCUGGAUCAACUUAUAUAAUGCUCUGAUUAUGCAUGCGUACUUGGCAUAUGGAGUUCCAAGAAGUGACUUGAAGCUCUUCUCUUUGUUGCAAAAGGCAGCAUACACUGUUGGGGGACAUUCUUUCAGUGCAGCCGCAAUUGAGUAUGCGAUUCUAAAAAUGAAACCACCACUCCAUCGGCCACAAAUCGCUUUGCUUCUUGCCCUUCACAAGCUGAAGGUAUCAGAGGAACAACGGAAAUCUGCAGUUGAUAUAUAUGAACCACUUGUAGCUUUUGCUCUCAGCUGUGGAAUGUACUCUUCACCUGCGGUAAGAAUCUACACUGCUCAGAAUGUGAGAGAAGAGCUUCAAGAAGCACAGCAUGAUUUCAUUCGAGCUUCAGUUGGGGUUAGCAGCAAAGGGAGGCUGUUGGUCCCCAAAAUGCUACACUGCUUUGCCAAAGCCUUUGUGGAUGAUGCAAAUCUGGCUGUAUGGAUAUUGCAUUAUCUUCCGCCGCAUCAGGCCACCUUCGUUGAACAAUGCAUAUCACAGAGAAGGCAAAGCCUUCUUGGUUCGCGCAACUGCGGCAUUCUUCCGUUUGAUUCACACUUCCGGUACCUAUUCCUGCCUGACAAAAUUCAUCUUUGUUAAUGUAUGAUAGGACUAAGUUUGCACCCAAAUAUACCAGGCUUACCUUGCCUGCCUUGCAAAUCAAUACGAGAAUAAUGUCUGGCUGUAAAUGACACUAAAAGAAAAUUUAGGUUGCAAGUCUAGUGUGAAGUGUAACCUCUCCUUGAUAAUAUAUACCAAGGAUGGUGGCAGUUUUUGUCUUCUGCCUUGUAGACCAGGUCUAUCCUUCUGGGGAUGUUGUGUUGUACAUUUUGUUCAUGGACAAGCAUGCAGGUGAAUGCUUGUGCAUUGCUUUAACCCAAAAAAAUCAAAUAAGGACUACAUGUUUCCUGGACUG